AUGGCCAUCGCCGAGGUUGUGGCCAGGUCUCCGCAUAGAGAACCACUGUGUCCUACGCAGGAUCCGGGUGUCGACCGUGAGUCCGAUGAAUCUGAGGAAGAGGAUCUUAUGGCGGUGUUGAGCUCUUGCCGGGAAGCGAAGGCCUGGGGCGUGCUAGAGAGCUUGGGCUCAAAGCAAGAAGAUCAAGGUGUCCUCAAGCAGGAGCUUUCGCCAUCCGCUCCAUCUCAAGCAGGGACCGCUGCUGCCACAUGUCAGUCGGUGGAUGAGCAUCUCCCAUCCAGGGAGGCCUUGGAUUUGGACCGGGACGAAGCCAGUGGCACAUGCACAGAUGGAGCGGCCUUGGGAGAACCAGAGACGGAGCGAGGCCCCGCACCUGGCCAGUUGGAAGACGUGCCGGCACAUCGUGAUCGACCCACCGGCUCGCCCUCUUCCAGAUUUGAGACUUCUCCAAUCUCAGCUUUAGUGCUGCGUGCAGGCAGUUUAUCUACGCAUGGAAGCAGAGCGAGCCAAUUCUAUGACCUCGUGAAACUGCGUCGCCGCACUGACUGUGCAGAAGGAGCCAACGGCUUCUUCGAGACUUACCGAGUUUUGCGAAAGCGAGGACGAGGGGACACGCAAGCCUCGACGACAACAGCGGUUUCUGGCUGCCAGGACGAGGCUUGGCAUCCAGCUCAUUCAGCUCAGGAAGGUUUGGAGGGCCCUGAGAAGGUCCACACCGAGGAUGACAGCGCGUGCGAGGAUGUUGUGAUGGCAAAGCAGCCAGAAGGCUCGAGUCCAUCUAGUCCGACCGCUUCGCCACAGAAGUGCAGUAAUGCAGUCUUUGCAAAGCGAAAGAGGACAAUGCAGCCGCCAAACAAGCAACGUAGUGUGGCUAAAAUUACGGCAAAGCGUCAUGUGGCUACUCCAGCACGUGCUUCUGCGGAUGCAGCACUCGUGGCAGCAUAUACUUCGUCUGGGUCAUGUGGCAAGUCGAGCAAUGGUCCCGCACAUCGGCGUCCGAAAUGGCAGUGA